AUGCGAAUAUAUGGCGGUUACGCCGUUUCACCAACAUUCUUCGGCUCGUGCAAGAAACCAGAUGCUAUAGUACAAGCGGUUCCGUACCAGCUGACGCUUUCAAAUUUCAAUUCAAAGUUCAGUGGUAUUUCCACAACCGAAACGGAGCUUUCUGAGUCUGCUCUCACGCCUUGGCUCCAGAAUUUGGUGUUUCUAAUGAUUAUGAGAUUCGAACUUCUGAAACAAGACGAUGCCGACUUGUGCGAGCACGACAGUUGGAGACUGCCAACCCAGAAACUUGAAAAAUCUGACCCUGGAGCUGAGACUCAGGCUCUCUGUCAAGCUCAAUCCUCUGGAGCUUGA